CCCCGGGGGAGGGUCCGGGCGGGGCCGCCACCUUAAGGUCUCCGAGGAGUGCGUGGGCUGGGGUGCGGGGCAGAGGCCGGCGCGGGACCCGGGAGCUGGGAUCUAGAAACCCGAGCGGAGCGGAUCCGGGAGCUGAGCGGGAGCAUGGAGUCGUCUGGCCCGGUGCGGCCACUAUUGCUGCUGCUGCUGCUGCUGGCGGGCGCUGCGCGGGCCGCCCUCUACUUCCGGCCGGGCCAGACCUGCCACAGGCCGCUGCAGAGCUACCAGCUGUCGCAGCUGGGGCGCAGGACGUACCCCAGGCCGCAUGAGUACCUGUCCCCGUCGGAUCUGCCCAGUAGCUGGGACUGGCGCAACGUGAACGGUGUCAACUACGCCAGCGUCACCAGGAACCAGCACAUCCCCCAGUACUGUGGGUCCUGCUGGGCCCAUGGCAGCACCAGUGCCAUGGCAGAUCGCAUCAACAUCAAGAGGAAGGGCGCGUGGCCCUCCAUCUUGUUGUCAGUGCAGCAUGUUCUGGAUUGUGGCAACGCUGGCUCUUGCGAAGGGGGCAACGACCUGCCAGUGUGGGAAUAUGCCCACCGUCAUGGCAUCCCUGAUGAGACCUGCAACAACUACCAAGCCAAGGACCAAGAGUGCGACAAGUUCAACCUGUGUGGGACGUGCACCGAGUUCCACGAGUGCCACCCCAUCCAGAACUACACGCUGUGGAAGGUGGGUGACUACGGCUCCGUCUCUGGCCGGGAGAAGAUGAUGGCGGAGAUCUACGCCAACGGCCCCAUCAGCUGCGGUAUAAUGGCCACAGAGAAGAUGGCCAACUACACCGGGGGCAUCUACACGGAGUACUCCGAGAAGUCCUUCAUCAACCACAUCAUUUCCGUGGCCGGGUGGGGUGUGAGCAACGGCACGGAGUACUGGAUUGUCCGCAACUCCUGGGGAGAACCGUGGGGCGAGAGGGGCUGGAUGAGGAUAGUGACCAGCAAGUACAAGGGUGGCCAGGGCGCCAGCUACAACCUCGCCAUCGAGGAGUCCUGUACCUACGGAGACCCCAUCCUCUAGGGCGGCUGUGUGCGCAAGGGCAGUUGCUGGGAAGCGAUGCCGUGAGCCCUAAAGCAGUGGGGCAUCCUCUCGGGACGGGGCCAGGCUGGUGAGGAC